CUGCUGCGCCCACUCGGGCUUGCGCAACGCUGUACUCAACUUUACAACUCAAAUAAACUGGUGAACUGCAAUAACUCGCUACGCACACUAUAGCCUCCAGAUCUGAGGCUCUCGUCACAGACUUGUAGCUCCGGGAAGAAUGUGGGACGGCUCUUCCAACACCCAACUGCCAUGGUUCAGCACCGGCAAAGACAGUCCGCUCGAGGCCGACGUUCGUGACGCCGAGGCGUACGAGUUCGUCGAGCAUGGUGAGCCUCGCGCGCCUGGCCUGCUUUCACCACCGCUCGGAAAGCCUGUCGCCUACGAAGAAGGCAGCACGAUCGACUGGUUGCGUGAGGAAGCGGCCGAGCGCGAGCGCAAGCGAGUGAUGGGCCAGCAGCGCGGCCUGCGCGGCUUGCUUUCGCUCGUGCAGGACUCGGUCGGAAUGUGGGUGGUGAUCGUGCUCACGGGCAUGGGGACGGGCGUGGUGGGCGCGUGGCUGGACGUGCUGGUCAGAUGGUUGGGCGACUUGAGGGAAGGGAGGUGCACGUACGGCUUCUUCUACAACCAAGUUGCGUGUUGUAGUGGGCUUGACCCCGGAGAGAUAUGCCGCGAAUGGCAGUCCUGGAGUGAAUACCUCAACGUGAACAGUAUCUUCGCCCAGUCGCUGUUGCAGUCUGCUAUAUAUAUUGCACUUUCGAUCGCCUUUGCAGGAAGUUCGGCCAUCCUGGUGAAGUCCUAUGCUCCAUAUGCGUUCCAUACCGGAAUUCCUGAGAUCAAGGCAAUUCUCAGCGGCUACGUCCUGGAUGCAUUCCUAGGUCCCUGGGUGCUCCUCAUCAAGUCUCUAGGACUCGCACUUGCCGUCGCGUCCGGGCUCUCCUUGGGGAAGGAGGGACCUCUGGUCCACGUCGCAUGCUGUUGGGCGUUCUUGCUCUCCCGCGCGUUGCCACAAUUCAAGCACAACGAAGCGCGUAAACGCAGGCUACUCGCAGCAGCCGCAGCAGCGGGAGUCUCGGUCGCAUUCGGAAGCCCCUUGGGUGGAGUGCUCUUCGGUCUCGAGGAGCUAGACGCGUUUUUCGACGACGGCGACGUGAUGUGGCGCGGCUUCGUCACGUCUGUUAUUGCUGCUGUGUCGCUGCAGUACAUUGACCCCUUUGGGACGUCGAAGCUUGUGCUCUUCCAAGUCACCGAGUCUAGGUCCGUUUGGCGGGCUUUCGAGCUUAUACCUUGGGUGUUCCUCUCCGUCGUAGGGGGCCUCCUUGGCUCGCUUUUGAUUAAGCUAAACACCGCCGCUGCGGUGUACAGGCGGCAUAGCAUGCUUCACGAGUGGCCCAUCGUGGAAGUCGUUGGCUUCACGGCCAUCACGGCCGCCGUCAGCUAUCCGAUGGUGUUCAUGCGAGUGCAGUCGUCCGAACUCGUUGCGAAUCUGUUCCAGGAGUGCGACCCGGCCAAGGGCGACUACCACGGUCUAUGCAAUCCUAGCGCGAUCUGGGCGAACGUCUUUCUCCUCACUCUCACUGCCCUAGCCAAGGUGGGCUUCACCGCUUGGACCUUUGGCAUGAUGGUUCCCGCCGGUAUUUUCUUGCCGACUAUUACCAUCGGCGCAAGCCUCGGGCGCGCAGUAGGGCUGAUUACGCAGGGAUUGCAUAGAGCGUACCCUACAGCCUGGCUAUUCGCGUCAUGUCCUCCCGAUCCUACCGUGCGGUGUGUAUCACCCGGAUUCUACGCCGUCAUUGGCGCAUCUGCCAUGCUCGGCGGCGUCACCAGGAUGACAAUAUCCCUGGUCGUCAUUCUCUUCGAGCUCACCGGCGCGCUCUCGCACGUCCUCCCGAUCAUGAUCUCCGUCAUGGUCUCGAAGUGGGUCGCAGACGCGUUCGGUGAGGACGGCAUCUACUCGACGUGGAUCGCGAUGCGCCAGUACCCGUGGCUGCCCGCGCGCGAGUUCCGCGACGACGGCCAGACGGCCGCGCACGUCAUGAAGGGCGCGGCGAACCUCGUGGUGGUGCACGACGAUGCGCUGCUCGGGGAGCUCGACGAGCUGGCGCGCACGCACGCGUUCCGCGGAUUCCCGGUUGUGAAGGGGGACCAGUUGCUGGGCUUUGUGCUGAGGGAUAAGUUGCAGGCUGCUAUCGACGCAAUAUUCGCGGAAAACCCUGCGGGGGAUCGUAGGUGCACAUUCGUGCCACCGAGUCAGGCGGCGGAAGGGGACAGCAGCGUACUGAAUUUGUCGUCACUGCUGGAGGAGGCCGUGCUGCAGCUGCGGAAGGAUGUGCCGCUCGAGCUCGUCGUGAACAUGUUCCAGAAACUGAACCUUCGACAUAUCCUCUUCUCCGAAGGCGGUAAGCUCACCGGUAUGGUGACGAAGACCGACGUCGUCUGGCUGCUCACCGCCCAAGCAUCGCAUGCGGGCGCGCUCGCUGAGGACCGCCGCUAG